AUGGCUCCAUUUGAGGCUUUAUAUGAAAGGCGAUGUAGAUUCCCCGUACGUUGGUUUGAAGUGGGUGAAGCUACUGUUAUUGGACCUAAUGCCGUGUUUGAGGCUAUGGAGAAAGUUAAACUGAUUCAGGAAAGAGUUUUGCAACGUGUUGAGAAAGCAGCUUAUGAGAUUGAAUUGCCUGCCGAGUUGUCAGCUGCCCAUCCUGUUUUUCACGUUUCUAUGUUUAAGAAGCACAUUGGUGACUCUGUUGUUGUUGAUCAUUCAGAAAGAUUUGAUGUUAAGGAUAGCCUUUCGUAUGAUGAAGUUCUGGCUGAAAUCCUAGAUUAUCAAGUUCGUAGACUAAGAAUUAAGGAAGUUCCCUUGAUCAAAGAUCUGUGGCAAAAUAAAUUUGUUGAGGGUGAUACUAGGGAAGCAGAAGUAGAUAUACGAGCUAGAUAA